UCCAUGAUUUUGAUGGUGAUAAUCAGAUAUAUUUCAAGAGUACUUGUCUGGAUCUUAACAAUUGUUGUUGUUUUGGGCUCACUUGGUGGCACAGGGGUAUUGUGGUGGCUGUAUGUUAAAAUGUGGAAGUCUCCCAUUGACACACUUACUGUUGAACAGCUUCAAAUAGCCAAAGACAAUCGUCAGGCCCUCCUGAUUUAUGCCAUUGCAGCUACCAUCUUCACAGUUAUCUUACUAUUAAUAAUGUUAUUUAUGCGCAAAAGAGUAGCUCUCACCAUUGCCUUGUUCCACGUGGCUGGCAAGGUUUUCAUUCACCUGCCACUGCUUGUCUUCCAGCCAUUUUGGACUUUUUUUGCCCUCAUCCUCUUCUGGAUAUAUUGGAUUAUGAUCUUGCUGUUCCUAGGUAUCACUGGUAGUCCUGUUCAAAAUGAGCAGGGCCUUGUAGAGUUCCGAGUUACAGGCCCACUGAAGUACAUGUGGUGGUACCACGUUGUGGGUUUAGUUUGGAUCAGUGAAUUUAUUCUUGCCUGUCAGCAGAUGACUGUAGCAGGAGCUGUUGUGACAUAUUAUUUUACAAGAGAAAAACGGAAUUUGCCAUUCACGCCAAUUCUGGCAUCUGUCAAUCGCUUGAUCUGUUACCACCUUGGAACUGUGGCUAAAGGUUCUUUCAUUAUUACCUUAGUGAAGAUUCCAAGAAUGAUUCUCAUGUAUAUUCAUUCCCAAGUCAAAGGAAAAGAAAAUGUCUGUGCUCGAUGUAUUUUAAAAGCCUGCAUUUGCUGCCUUUGGUGUGUAGAAAAGUGCCUGACUUACUUAAAUCAGAAUGCAUAUACAGCCACAGCUAUCAACAGUACCAAUUUCUGCACUUCAGCAAAGGAUGCCUUUGUGAUACUAGUGGAGAAUGCUUUGCGAGUGGCUGCUAUAAACACAGUGGGAGACUUCAUGCUCUUUCUUGGAAAGGUCUUAAUAGUGUGCAGCACAGGCUUGGCAGGGAUCAUGCUGCUGAAUUACCAGCGGGACUACACAGUGUGGGUGCUGCCCCUUAUCAUUGUCUGCCUAUUUGCAUUCCUGGUUGCUCACUGUUUCCUGUCUAUUUAUGAAAUGGUAGUGGAUGUCCUUUUCUUGUGCUUUGCCAUUGACACCAAGUAUAAUGAUGGCAGCCCUGGAAAAGAAUUCUACAUGGAUAAGGUCCUGAUGGAAUUUGUGGAGAACAGCAGGAAAGCAUUGAAAGAAGCUGGCCGGGGGAGUGGACCUGAAGGCAAGGAGCUCAAACCAAUGGUCUCUGGAGCAAACUCAUCUUGAAGUUGGUCAGCCGAUAUGGAAACCAUUGACAUUCCAAAACAAUAUCUAUUUCU